CGUGGUAAAACCUCCAAAACCAAAGGCAAAUAAACAAAGAUUCAAAGCUUGGAGGCGAAUUAACAAACAAAGAUACAUCUGUAAAUGACGGCCAUUAUUCUAUUCCGAUCUUCAGAUUACAAACACAAGGUAUCUACAUUCUACACCGAAGAAGCAAAAGAAGCUUGCCGCUUUCCCCAUCAAGAAUUUUCUUCAAACCUUUCCCAAUGCUCAAUCUCAUAAGCAACCUCAUACCCAUUCCUCCUGCUUCCUCAAUCUAUAAAACCAACCCAUCUCUUUCAUUCCUCAAUCCACCCAACACACCAACAGCAAUCAAAUUCCAAACAAUGGCAGUCAAUCGUCAACGAACUUAUGAAGAUUUUGAACCUCCGGUGGAGUCGUCACAAGAGGACGGCUGCAGCAUCCUCACCAUAUACCUUCCUGGUUUCAGUAAAGAGCAAAUCCGAGUUCAGGUAUCCUCCACAGGAAAGUUGAGGAUUUCUGGUGAACGGCCUUAUCGAAAUAAGGCAUGGCAGCGCUUCCACAAGGAGUUUCAGAUCCCACCAAACUGCGACACGAGUAGCAUCACAGCAAAGUACAAGGGCGGCAUACUUCAUGUCCGCCAGCCAUUACGGGAAGAGUCGAAGCAACAAGCGGCGGAAGCACCCAAAGCACAGCCACCAGAACAGCAAAGUGCCAAACAAAAACAAGCAGAGGCUCCAGAGAAGAAGAGCAAUGUUGCGGCUGAUGGAACAGCGGAAGCGAGAAUCAGCAAAGAAACAACUAAUGCUUUGGAAGACAAUGCAGAUAAGGCUCGAAAAGACGCACAAGAACACCCAAAUAUCAGGGACAAGAUUAUGAGUCAAGCUGGGCGCUUGAAGGAGAUGAUUACCGGAAACAUGGUGAAAUUGAUCUUGCCUAUUUUGCUGGCUGCAUUGCUCUUUCUGUACGCUAAGAGGCUGAAUCGACCAUGCUUGUUGGAGUUGGAGAACCUCCACAGUGAAUCCUGAAACGUUCCUCACUUGUUUUGA